CCGGAAGUCCGUCGGUGUCUUUUGGUGUCGUUUUCCCGAGAAAGGAAAAGCGUCGGUUUCAAUGUCUUCUUUCUUCAGGGUCCUCACUGGGGAUUAUAAUGCUAAAUGUAGCAAAGGACCCGCUUAGUUUUGCAGAGAAGUUUCUCUCGGAAGGAAGAAAUGUAUGUUUACCGUCCUAAUCUCAGAAUGUGAAUGUUCCGUAGCAAUGCACCAGAUAUGGGUCUUCUUCUCUGUUCGCCCAAUUUUCAUUCUAUUUUUUACAUGCAAGCUUUCUAAGUACAGAGAAUUCGACUCUACUGUUUUCUGUUUUCUUUCUUAUUCUUAGAUAGAAAUGUUUCCUUGUGUUCCUCUUGAUAAUAACAGAGGAUCACUUUGAAGCAUGGUGUCCCAAUUUUUAUUUCUUUAUUAUUUUUUUUAACAUUCAACAGUUUUUUGAAGAAUACAAUGUGGAUAAUUGAAGACCUUAAUUCCUUGUGUUCCAAUUUAUUUUUAAUUUCAUUUUAAAGUAUUUCUCUCCUUCAAAAGGAAUUAGCAUAGGAUCCGCUUGUUUUCUUCAGAAAUGCAUGUUGAAAAAGGAAGAUAACCGUAUUUAUAGUGCUAAUUUCAAAAUUUCCAGUAUUAAUGCACCAGAUAUGGGUGUUCUCUAUUCGCCCAAUUUUAUGUUUUCUUUUCUAAAUGCAAAAUUUUUAAAUACAGAUAAUUCAAAUCUGCUAAUGCAGCAAAUCCCUACUCUGGUUGUCUCCAGAUAUUGUCCUAUUUUACCGAAAAGAGCAACACUUGUUAGAACUUCUUCGAAGAACAGAUCAUGGGAGGUUGAUAUUGAGGAAGAAGAUGACAAAAGAUUCUAUCUCAAAAAUGGUUGGAAUACAUUUGUAGAAGAUAAUGAUUUGGAAACUGCUGAGUUUCUGGUUUUCAAAUUCGAUGGGGAUUGCAGCAGGUAUGAGGGAACAAUUGUGGAAGCAUUCAGUGAAGGCCCCAACUUGGACUGUAAUGAGAAUCCUUCAUUCAAAAUUAUUCUGCAACAAGCCUAUGCCAAAAAAGGUGUCAUGUGCUUUCCAACCGACUUCUUCAAGAAGCAUAUGAAAAACAAAAGACAAGAGGUAGAGAUUGAGAUAGUAGAAGGAGUAUGGACUGUGACAUUAAUCCCCCAUAAGAAAAGGGCUAGGACAUUCGCCAGAUUCAGUGAAGGGUGGUCAAAUUUUGCCAAAGCGAACCAUUUUAAAACCGGAGAGACUCAUUUUUUAAAUGAUUCGGAAAGGUAAUUGUCCCAAGUUCUUUGUUGAUAGGCAAUGAUGUGCAGAAGUAAGAGUCAGUGGACCACCUGUAUAUAUAGGUCAUGUAGAUGGUAUAGUUAAUUCAGAAAAAAACUAUGUUUGAAUGUGCAUGCAAGCUUCAAGUGCAGGACUUCAUGAUAGGCAAUGGUUUCCUAUCCAAUAAAUGUAAGUGAAAAUUGUUCAUGAUAUGUCU